AACCUGCCCCAUGGCUUCCAGCUCGGGACCUGACAUGUCCUGGCCAUGGACCAUGGAUCCAGAUGGCUUCGGCUCUUCCGAGUCCGACAAAGCACUUGGCGCACUGGGCGCGAGUGCCGCCAGCGCCGCCAGCAUCAGCAGUUGGUGGUGCCACUCCCUCCGCCACCGCUGAGCUUUGGUGCUCCACCACCGCCACCAGCUGAACGAAUUCCCCCACCGCCACCGUUGGCACCGGCUUCAGCAACACCAGCGGCCGCGGUGCCGCCACCUCCACCAGGUAGCGCUCUACCAUCACCGCAGAUGAUAGUUCGACCUGAUUUGUCUCAGUUUGACUCGACUUCAGAGGUGCAACAGAUCUUGCAGGAGAUCAAGAGUGAAGGUCCAAGAGCUGCUAUUAGCAGCAACUGGGAACGAAUCAAAGAGCUUCAUGAGAAAGAGGCCUUUUCCAUUCAAGAAAUUGUGUGGCUGUUUGACCGCUGUCGCUCUGUCACAGCACUUCGAACAGCCAGCCUGAAUGCGAGAGUUUUGGGGAAUCCUGAUGAAGCUUCAAUACCACUGGGGACACUGAUCGUGCAAUUGUUCACAAACUUUGUUUGCCAUCAGAUUCCAAGUUUGGAACCGAGUGAGAUCACUUGUUUUAUUGAGGCUUUGACAUCCCCUGCCUUGCCAAUGGAUGAAUUCUGGCUGUUUAUGAUGGCCAAGCAGAUUCAAGAUACGUCAGACAGGUUCAGUCCCUCCCAGAUUGUGACUAUCGCCCGAUGUUACGCCUGGAAGAAUUUGGAGGAUGAGGAAUUUUUCGAUGCUCUGUGUUCCAGUGUGCAUCGACGUCUGGCGGAAUUCACUUUGCCCCAACUGGCUCAGUUUCUCUUCUCCUGCGCACGUGUUCGAUUUCUUCACCAGGAGCUUUGCGCCGAUGCCUUUCCGCUGUUCCAGGACCAUGCGUCUGUGUCAGCGUUAGAUGGUGCCGCGCUUGGGGCUGUCAUCACAGCUGCGGGCAUGUUGGACUGGCGAAGCUUUGACUCUGUGUCAUGCUGCAGGUUGUUGGCAUCCAGACCGUGGAAGGACUUACACGCCGCCCAAGGGGCCUCGGACCUUGCCAUGGGUUUAGCCUUGGCAACGGUCAUGCAAACUUCGAGUGGAUCGAGGCUGUUGCUGCUAACGUUACUGGAGAGCUUCUCCAGCUUGCCUGUGAAAGCCAAUUGGUCGAGAAAGGAGGUAGCGAUGCUUCAGCGACGAGUCAUCCUCACCGGGCUUUGUGCCGCAUUUGGCGUGCCAAAGAGGGAAGCCUGGGACUUGGCUCAACUGCGAAUAGUGCAGGCGACCUUCGAUAAACUUCAGAGCUAUCUGGACCGGACAGGCACGAGAACGAAUUCUUGGGAGCCUGAAUCCAGUCGAUUUCACCUAGAGGUCGUUGCUAUCCUCAACCUCUUGGAAGUUCAGCAUCACCUGGAAUAUCCCCAGAUGCCUUUCCAGCUCGACGUGAUGAUCACACCGGAGCAGUUGAACGCUGCCAAUUUGGAGAUCGAUGCGAACGAACCCAGCGAAGCUAGCGAGUAAAAAG